CGAGAGAUAGGGCAUGACAGCCUCCUCUUCUGUGGACCUCAGAGCUAGGGCUAUGUUAUGUUAUUUUGUUAUGUUAUGUCGUUUGUACCAGCUCUUAUGAAUGACCCACACAGAUACUCAUACUGUAUGAUUUCAGAGUGAAUUCUUUCCAUUGAUCUGAAUGUUACCAGGAACCGUUUCUCUCAAUUAGACGUAGUGGUACGUCUGAAUCCUCAAUGGAGCCCUUACUGCACCAGCUCGGACAGAGAAUCAUUCGCUGUGCACCCCGAACCCUAAUUUGUAGAAAGUAUACACACGGGAAUGGAAACGGCGCAGAUCAUCCUUCAACUGGGUCCUCACACAUGACGCCCGUCCUGCUCGUCUCUCGUCUGUACCAGCCCGCAAACCUACGCGAAGUAGGCCAAGAGAGUCGACAAGCGGGAGAGAUGACCUGCAAGAGUCAGCGGUUGAUGCAGCAGGCGGGACUCAUCCACCCGUCCAAUCCUGGUUGCUACUACUACCUCCCGGCUACUGUGCGCGCCAUGGAAAAGUUGGUGCGGCUAAUUGAUCAAGAGAUGCAGGGCAUCGGUGGUCAGAAGCUGGACAUGCCCAGCCUGUGCUCGGCCGAGCUGUGGAGGUCCAGCGAGCGCUGGGACCUGAUGGGCAAGGAGCUGUUCCGCCUUCAGGACCGCCAUGGGGUAGACUACUGCCUGGGCCCCACACACGAGGAGGCUGUGACUACCCUGGUCGCCCACCAGGCUAGCCUGUCCUACCGACAGCUCCCUAUACUUCUCUACCAGAUCACCCGCAAGUUCCGGGACGAGCCCAAGCCGCGCUUCGGGCUGCUGCGGGGCCGGGAGUUCUACAUGAAGGACAUGUACUCCUUCGACGUCAGCGAGGAGGCGGCGCGCCACACCUACGACUCGGUGUGCCAGGCCUACGGCCGGCUGUUCUCCCGCCUGGGCCUGCGCUGCCUGCGGGUGCAGGCCGACGCGGGGAACAUCGGCGGCACGCUCUCCCACGAGUUCCAGCUGCCGGCCGACAUCGGCGAGGACCGGCUGCUGGUCUGCGGCGGCUGCUCCUUCGCCGCCAACGAGGAGACGCUCGCGCCCGGCGAGACGGACUGCCCGCGGUGCCCCGCCGGCCCGCUGGCCGAGUCCAAGGGGAUAGAGGUGGGGCACACCUUUUACCUGGGCGCCAAGUACUCCCGGGUGUUCAACGCCACCUUCAGCAACCAGCAGAACCGGCCCGUGGUGAGUGAAAUGGGCUGCUACGGCCUGGGCGUGACGCGCAUCCUGGCGGCGGCCGUGGAGGUGAUGUCCACGGAGGAGGCCAUCCGCUGGCCCGGGCUGCUGGCGCCGUACCAGGUGUGCGUCGUGCCGCCCAAGAAGGGGAGCAAGGGGUCCGAGGAGGGAGCGGCUCAAACGGAGGGACUGGUGCACGCGCUGCAAGGGGGGCUGCCCCGUCUGAGGGGGGAGGUGGUGCUGGACGACCGCACCCAGAUGACCAUCGGCAGGAGGCUGAAGGACGCCGUGCGGCUGGGCUACCCGUACGUGGUGGUGGUCGGGCAGGGCGCCCAAGAGGAGACGCCGCGGUUUGAGGUGAUCUGUCAGCAAACGGACGAGACUAUGUUUCUCAGUAAAGACCAACUGGUUGAUCUUCUGGGCAGGGUGGAAACUGUAUGAUGAUGUUGAAAGGAUUGAAGACAAUUGAAAAUGAUGUGUGUGUACAUGUGUAUUAAGAAUCAUAUAUUGUGAAUAAAUGGGGUUAUAGGUGGAUCAAA